CCCCAUUACAUUUCCAAAUCCUAACUAGAAAAGUGCCUUCAUUUUGCAACCAACCAUCUGCGCAGACGGUCCAAAAUUCUUUUGUCUUUAGCCAUUUCCGCCGUCUCCGAGCAUGGAUUUCUCACAACUCAACUCUGCUGAACAGGCUCAUAUGACCAAAAUCAUUGAAAAAAAACAGAUGCAAGACUUCCUACGACUAUACUCAGGCCUCGUGGAAAGAUGCUUUAGCUCAUGCUGUAAUGACUUCACGAGCAAAGCAUUGUCUUCGAAAGAAGAACAGUGCGUUAUGAACUGCGCAGACAAAUUUUUGAAGCACUCGGAGCGAGUGGGGCAGCGAUUCGCCGAGCUGAAUGCAGAGGCUAUGGGUCCCAAGCCAUGAGAAUGAAUUUGUGCAAUUUAAUUCGUAUGCUAUGUCGAUGCUAUCGAGGCGCUAUCAUAAUUUCACCUUUUUGUAUUUGACUAGCAUGGCAGCUUUGUCGGUGCUUGUCAUAAAUAGGCCACUCACGGCUGUUAUCCGUGUAUCUACAAGCCACUUCAUGGUUUCCUCGGCAUUUGGUUUAUCGUUUCGCCUAGAUGUUGCGUUCCUUCCUGUUAUUUGCGUGAUUCUGAUGAUCAGUGUUGUGAGAACGGUAUUUCAGUCUCUCGUGCAUGCACACCCCAAGCCCUUGGCGCGGUUUCUGUCCCAUAGGGCCCUAGCGACUCCUCGG